CAUUACGAUGGCGGCUACGGCAGCUGUCCGGACAAGCAUGGGUCUGACUUUCAGGCUUUCUCGGGGUUUACCUGUGUGCAGCACGUGCCCGUUUUACACCUUGAACAGAUGUGGAGGCAGCGGGACUCAUUUAGUGAGGAGGGGCUCUUUGGACCACCACGGCACAAUAAACAGACUCUUACGGACAACUAUAGGUCUUCAUCGAAGUGACGAGGCGAGCUCCAACGCAGAGGACCCUCAUGAUGUGGUCAAUGUGGUGUAUGUAGAUCGGUCUGGCCAGAGGAUUCCUGUGAAGGCCAAAGUGGGGGAUAAUGUUCUUUACUUGGCCCAUAAGAAUGGUGUUGAUCUAGAAGGAGCAUGUGAAGCAUCUCUGGCCUGCUCCACCUGCCAUGUCUAUGUAAAUUCUGAUUAUUAUGACAAACUACCAGAGCCUGAAGAGAGGGAGGAUGACAUGCUGGAUAUGGCGCCCAUGCUUCAGGAGAACUCCCGUCUAGGUUGCCAAAUAAUUAUCACACCAGAGCUGGAUGGUAUCGAAUUAACUCUACCCAAAGUCACCAGGAACUUUUAUGUUGAUGGGCACGUUCCUAAACCUCACUGAUAAUGGCCAUUCCUGCAUGAAAUACAAUGGGGUCCUCUCUUGCUGCCAUCACUGGUUUGACGGACCACAAGAAGAUACGGCCAGUCGACAGCCUGUUGCCAGAUCAAAGAUGGGCGCAGAUUUCAAUGGUUAACGGAGAUGCCAGUCUAGCCGACCAGUUCAGCUGGUGUCGCACACGUAAAUGGUUACUUAAAAAACAGUCUUUAAGUUUCAUUGGACAUGUUCUCAAUCAAGCCAACGUCUAUUUACAUCUCAUUUUCACAAAAUUCAAGUGACGCUGUGAAUCUGACUUUGUGAACAUUCCCUGUGAAAGGUACAUUGAGUAACUUUACUGGGCGAGAGUCUGUGACCUUGUGUCUAUGGAUAAGUCAUCGAUCUACCUGGAAAGUUCCACAGUAUGACAUUAAACAGCUCUACCUUACAUUUAUUCAAUUUUAUGUGGUUUUAUAACUCAAAAUACCUGGAGAAAUAGGUAUUCUGACAGUGAGCGGGUUCACCUCUCCGCAGAUGUGACCUGUGACUUGGUCUGAUUUGGUCUCCAUUAAGAUUCAGAAAGGUUCAUUGUCAUACUCUGAAACAUUCCAGACAAAACAAUAACAUUUCCAUGGAGAAAAGCAUUUGACAGACCAUCCACCAGAAAAGUUACACAGUGCUCCUUAAAGCUACUAUACGUACAAGACCUCACUGCAUUAAAACAAAACGGGUUGUAUGCAUAACCUUUGCAUCACUGAAGCCAUAUAAUGAAAAGGUGGUUCAGAAGUAAUUCAUUUUAUACAAUCUCUGAGUUUUAAGGUCCUAUAUUAUGCAACACUGACUUUUUGAGCUUUUCUUCAUGUUUAAUGUCCACCUCAAAUAAUACCUGACAGUGUUUCAUUUGAGUAGUGAUAUUUAGCAGGUCCUUGUGCCCUCUGCUUCCAUUUUGUACAAUUAAAUAGUCUUUAUUUAAAGUUAUACAAAUAGGUGUUGAUAAGCUGUUCAGAAAGCCUGAAGUCAGCGUUACUUGACUGCAGUGGUUUACCAUGAUGGUCAUUUUUAUUGUCUACUGUCUACUGUAAGCCUAUGUCACAUUCACGCACAAUUAUUAAACCAACUAUCUGAAGAGUUGUGUAAUAAAAUAUUAAACGUGUUUCUCUGUG